AUGGCCUCGGCCAAGUCCCACACCGAUACGUCCGUGUUAGAGCGCCGAGGCAGUGUCGGUAAUGUGAAGCCUCGACUGACUCACAGCAGAGAGCUAGAAAUGAAAACGACCCUUCAGGAGUUAUUGAUCUACAUCAUUUUUCUAACAGAUCUAUGUAUAUUGACAUUUGGAAUGGUGAGCACAGAUAUGUAUUACCUAAACAGAGUUAUGUCGAAUCUUUUUCUGGAAACCCCUCUGUCAGAUAACGAUAAAACUGACUUCAUGUCCAUGGCCAGCAUUAUUGACUUUUGGCAGUUUCUAGAAGGACCACUUCUGGAUGGCCUUUAUUGGAACUCGUGGUACAAUGAUAAUUCUACAUCGAUCCACAGAAAUAGCAGCCACAUCUACUAUGAGAACUUACUGUUAGGAGUACCUCAAAUUAGGCAACUCAAAAUCCGUAACGACACAUGUUCUAUAUAUCCCUCUUUCCGGGCAUUUAUGAGAGGGUGCUACGGUAAAUACCGCUAUGUAAAUGAGGAUAGAGAAAGCUUUGGCUUUAAGAAUGAUACUGAGUGGCAUUAUUCCAGUUCUAAAGCACUCUCUCCAUGGCAUUGGGGCCUUAUUGAUCUAUACAGUAGUGGAGGAUUUAUGUUCACCUUGCCCAAGUCAAAGGAAAUAUGUUCAGAGAAGCUGGCUUUUCUCAAGAGAAAUAACUGGAUCACCAGAGGGACGAGGGUCAUUUUCAUUGACUUUUCAAUGUAUAAUGCCAAUGUAAACCUCUUCUGCAUAGUCAGGCUUGUGGUAGAAUUUCCUGCAACAGGCGGUGCAAUCCCUUCUUGGCAAUUCCACUCCGUAAAGCUUCUCAGAUACGUCACCUAUUAUGAUUAUUUCCUGGCCUCUUGCGAAGUCAUCUUUUGCCUCUUCAUCUUCACUUUCAUCAUCCAAGAACUCAUAAAAAUGAAGAAGCUGAAAAAAGAUUAUUUUAGAGAUGCCUGGAACUGGCUAGAUAUGUUAUUGCUCAUGUUGUCUGUUUUUGCUAUUGCCUUCAAUGUUUACCGAACUGUUGAAGUGUCCAGGCUGAUGGAAGAUCUGCUCUCCAAUUCAGAUGCUUAUCCAGACUUCUAUUUCCUUGGAUUCUGGCAGACCCGUUACAAUAAUAUGAUUUCAGUAAAUGUCUUCUUUGCAUGGAUAAAGAUAUUUAAAUACAUAAGCUUUAACAAGACCAUGACCCAGCUGUCUUCCACUCUGUCCCGCUGUGCUAAAGACAUCAUUGGAUUCGCCAUCAUGUUCUUUAUCAUCUUCUUUGCAUAUGCACAGUUGGGUUACCUGGUCUUUGGGUCACAAGUGGAUGAGUUUGCUACGUUUCAGAAUUGCAUUUUUACCCAGUUUCGUAUUGUGCUUGGAGAUUUUAACUUUGCCAGUAUAGAGCACGCAAACCGAAUUCUUGGACCAAUUUACUUCAUCACGUUUGUAUUCUUUGUAUUCUUUGUACUCCUGAACAUGUUCUUGGCGAUCAUUAAUGAUACAUACUCUGAAGUGAAAGCUGACUUUUCAGUUACCCCAAACAGAGAAUUUGAGAUCAGUGACCUUAUUAGACAGAGUUACAAUAAAGCUCUAGUCAAACUCAAACUGAAAAGACAGACGUCACAGACAGAAGACUUGUAUGGUAUGAAAAGACAGUCCACCUCCAGAGCAGAUGCAGCCAAGCAUAUCUCCAGAGAUUUCAGCAGGAAUCGCAAACCUUCAACCUCAGUAACUCAUGAUUCAGUUUCCCAGAAUGAAUUUCAAAGGCUUUCCAGAUACACAGCACACCUUGAGAGACAAUUGAAGGAAAUGAACUCUAAGCUUAACACACUUAUGAAAUCUGUUCCUAAAGAAAACUAA